AUGCAGGACACCUUUUGGCAGCACGAUCAUUUCCUCCUAUUCAAUCCCGAAACGCCUUACAAGGUGAAUGGGGAGUGGGAGUUCGGGACAAUAUGUGAUAUCACGGAACUGGCCGAGGACAGUCUCAUCACGUUUAAUUCGGGUAACCUCGGCGAGAAGAUCGCGGAAGGGUUUGGGCUUGGCAUCGACGACGAUAUAGUUUUCGCCAAGCAGGCCAAGCCGCCGUCUAUCCUACGGGUUCAAUACGACGUCAGCGCGGACGAUCCUAAGAAAUUCCAGGACCUCCGCAAGAUCGUCGUGGAUAUGACGCACGCGGAGCGUAAACCCUCAGGAUUAUGGGAGCUGACAGAGCCUGGCGCGGCUUUGAUGACUUACCGUCUGAUAGCCGAGGUCUGCCUGUCCAGCUCUCCCAAGGUCAAGGACACGAUCAGAACGUAUCUAGCGGAAGGAGAAGUGAUUCGUAUUCCCACUACCUUCCCGAAUCAUAUGAGCGAGCCCCUAGGCAAGGCGAACGCUCGCUAUAUGCUUUACUAUUGCUACGGCGUAAAAGAUAUUCCCGGCGAGGAUAUGUACUCGGAGAUACUGCCUCCCUUCGAUAUGGCCAAGGCAAAAAUCUGGCAGGAUGUAGUGGACGGCAACUCGGCCGAGCCUAGUUCGUAG